CCCCCGGGGCCUUCGGGGACCUCCCCGGCCCCCCCCGCCCCCACCUCCAGCAAUGGGGACCCCCCGGGGACCCCCCCGAGUGGGGGAGGGGGGAAAGAAGGGGGGUACAAGGAGGAGAAUGAGCGGCUCUUUGGAGAGUUCCUCUCCCUCUGCACCCCCCUCACCUCCGACCACCCCGAGGUCCUCCCUUUCCUCUCCUCCCGCCACCGCAAAACCUCCCCCUCCUUCCUCUCCUCGGCCGAGCUCCGCAACGUCCUCACCCGCUGCCUGCGCCGCGUCCGCCGCCGCCGCCCCAAGGUCUACGUCUACAUCAACGAGCUCUGCACCACCCUCAAGGCCCACUCCCUGCGCCGCAAGCUCCCUUUGACCCCCGUGCCCACCGCCCCAGUGCCCCCCAGUACACCCACACCACCACCACCACCACCACCACCAUCACCACCCAGCGGCUCCAAGCGCCAGAUCCGCUACCUGGAGAACCUGCUCCGCGUCUACACCGGGGAGAUCCGGCGCUUGCAGGAGCGGGAGCUGGAUCUGGCUGAAUUAGACAGUGAAGACUCCGCUUACCUGCAAGAGAGCCGGCUCAAGAGGAGGAUGAUGAGGAUCUUCCACCGCCUGUGCGAGCUCAAGCGCUGCAGCAGCCUCACGGGCCGCGUGGUGGAGCAGCGCAUCCCCUACCGCGGCACCCGCUACCCGGAGGUCAACCGCCGCAUCGAGCGCUUCAUCAACCGCCCCGACGCCUUCCCCGACUACGGGGACAUCCUCAAGGUGAUCCAGAAGGCCAACGGGCGCCACCGCUUGGCGCUGGGCAGGAAGCACAUGGAGAGCAUGGCGCAGGAUGCGUUCCGGGAGGUGGGCAAUCGGCUGCAGGAGAGGAGGCACCUGGAUCUGGUCUAUGCUUCUGGGAAUGAUCCCACGGAUCACGAUCGUGGCAGCGAUCCGGCUCUGAUGGACCCCGAACUGGCCAAGAGGCUGCGGCGGAACAGGACGGUGGCGCUGAACCGGUUGGACCAGGUCAUCUCCCACUAUGCCCAGUUACAGGAUGAGAGCGAGGAGGAGGAGAGGGGCAGGAAGCGGCGGCGGGGCACCGCAGGGAAGAACCAGGCCAAGGAGGAAGAGGAAGAGGAGGAGACAGAGGAGGAAACAGAGGAGGAGGAGGAAGAGGAGGAGGAGGAAGAGGAAGGGGGCAGCUCCAAUGGCUCCCAUGGGAAGAGGGAGGAAGAGGAUGAAGGGGACCCCAUAGAGCUCAAUACCCCCCAUAUAAAGGAUGAGGAUGAUGAAGGCACCACCUCCAAGCCCAGCAUCCCCAUAGGGGACCCCAUAGAGCUCAAUGCCCCCCAUAUAAAGGAUGAGGAUGAUGAAGGCACCAACUCCAAGCCCAUCAUCCCCUAUGGAAACCCCAUAGAGCCCAAUACCCCCUAUAUAAAGGAUGAGGAUGAUGAAGACACCACCCCCAAGCCCAUCAUCCCCUAUGGGAGCCCCAAAGGGGAAGCUGAAGCCCCCCAUGCCCCCAUUACCAAGGAUGCAGUUGAUGCCCCCCAUCACCAAGCCAAGCAGGAGCCCCCCAUUGUACCAGGGAAAAGGGGGUUCCCAUUGGAGAAUGGGGCCGGAGGGGGGGGGGCCACCAUCAGCUCCACCAGCUGCAAUGGGAGCGCCGAGGAAGGGGGGGACCCCCCCGUGCCCCCCCAUAAGAAGAGCCGGAGGGAGAUGCAUGGGGGGGGAAGCCCCUGCAUCGAGGUUCCCAGCGAGGACGAGGACGAGGCCGGAGGGGGCGGAGCAGCGGUGGGAGGAGGAGCUCAUUCCCGGAACAGCCCCGUGCCGGACUCGACCCGCGCUGACUCCCCCGGGGGGGAGGUGGUGAGCAGCAGCGGGGGGAGCCCCCGCUACCGGAACAGCCGCAAGGCCUGCAAGAUGAGCGUGGCGACCCAAUGCGACCCGGAGGAGAUCAUCGUGCUCUCGGACUCGGAUUAG